GAAAUGCUGUGUGGAAAUAGCAAUCCAAAAGUUCUCAGUAAACUGCAGCCAGAGAGACUCAGUCUAGGGUGGAUGUAUGAAGAGCUGAGACAGAGUGGACUUAAUUCUAAGCUUUUCUUCAGGCUGAGUUUCUGCUGCUUGUUCACUCAGUGAAUUUACAGAUGUAUUGCCUGCUGGUGGUGUGAAGGCUGGGACAGAACUAACAUCAACAUACUGAGCUAGAGUUUGGAAUACGUGUGUGUGUGUGUGUGUGUGUGUGUGUGUGUGUGUGUGAGAGAGAGAGAGAGAGAGAGAGAGAGAGAGAGAGAGAGAGAGAGAGAGAGAGAAUUCAGAGUGUUUUAAAGGAAGACCGAAAGCCUCGUACAGAUCUUACCUUCAUCACCUAACUGAAAGGAAGUUACAAAGUAGCAUCCUGAAGGCACAUUUGAAGAGAGAAGUCUUGAGAUGGAUCCAAAUAAUUGUUCCCACCUGAACUUGGAAGUGGACCCUUUCCUGUCCUGCAACAACACCUUCAAUCAAAGUCUGAAUCCCCCCAAGAUGGACAACUGGUUUCACCCGGGAAUCAUCUAUGUCAUUCCUGCAGUUUAUGGGCUUAUCAUCGUGAUAGGCCUCAUUGGCAACAUCACCCUGAUCAAGAUCUUCUGUACGGUCAAGUCCAUGCGAAACGUGCCAAACCUGUUCAUCUCUAGCCUGGCACUGGGAGACCUACUGCUGCUGGUUACAUGCGCCCCUGUGGAUGCCAGCAAGUACCUGGCUGACAGGUGGCUAUUUGGCAGGAUUGGCUGCAAACUGAUCCCCUUUAUACAACUUACUUCAGUGGGGGUGUCUGUCUUCACACUUACGGCACUGUCAGCUGACAGGUACAAAGCCAUCGUCCGGCCAAUGGAUAUCCAGGCAUCCCAUGCCCUGAUGAAGAUCUGUCUCAAAGCUGCCUUAAUCUGGAUCGUCUCUAUGCUGUUGGCCAUCCCAGAGGCUGUGUUUUCGGACCUUCACCCCUUUCAUGUGAAAGAUACCAACCAAACCUUCAUUAGUUGUGCCCCCUACCCACACUCCAAUGAGCUGCACCCUAAAAUCCACUCCAUGGCUUCCUUUCUGGUCUUUUACGUUAUCCCACUGUCGAUCAUCUCUGUCUACUACUACUUCAUUGCCCGAAAUCUGAUUCAGAGUGCCUACAAUCUUCCUGUGGAAGGAAAUAUACAUGUCAAGAAGCAGAUCGAAUCCCGGAAGCGGCUUGCCAAGACAGUACUGGUGUUUGUGGGCCUCUUCGCCUUCUGCUGGCUCCCCAAUCAUGUCAUUUACCUGUACCGUUCCUACCACUACUCUGAGGUGGACACCUCCAUGCUCCACUUUAUCACCAGCAUCUGUGCCCGCCUCCUGGCCUUCACCAACUCCUGUGUGAACCCCUUUGCCCUGUAUCUGCUGAGCAAGAGCUUCAGGAAGCAGUUCAACACUCAACUUCUCUGCUGCCAGCCCAGCCUGUUGAAUAGGUCCCACAGCACAGGCAGAAGUACCACCUGCAUGACCUCCUUCAAGAGCACCAACCCCUCAGCUACCUUCAGCCUCAUCAACGGAAAUAUCUGCCAUGAGGGGUAUGUCUAGACGAACCUUCAACCUCGCCUCUUAAGCAACUCCUGGUACUAUUCUACAGAUAUCCAGGAUCCCUGAAAUUGAUUGUUGUCUCUAUACCUUCCGAAGGCCCUUCAGGAGGCUGAGUGAUAUCGAUUGGUGAGAGAGAUGUCCAAAUGAAUCAAUCACCAUUGUAUCUCAAAGUAAACCAUCAGGGUUCAUUUUCCACCUCAACUUGUGAGGACUUCUUCUGAUGGAGAUCAAAUCUUCCUUUAAAAAACAAGGAACAAAUUGGAAAAUAUUCAAAGCACCAAGCCCUGCUAAGCAAGUAUGAUCAAUUAAGUCUUAGAAAUUAUAUGAACAGAGAGAGCAGAGAAACCAUGCAUUGGAUAUCUGCUUUGUGAAUUAUUUUCUUUAAACAGAAGCUGAUUGCUUUCAAAAAUAUGGCUUGGCUCUUUUUCCCCCAGAAAUAUCUAUAAUAUGUAAACCAAGGGACAACUUUUAUUUACAUUCCUAAAAUGAAAAGCCAACUCUAAAAAAGAGUCCCAUGUGUGAGGAAUGGACUUCAUUUAUAACAUUGGAAGCUGGUGUAAUAUAAAAUAAGCCUCUAAAUAUUGACUUUUUCAAAGAUGUUGCUGAGGACACAGAAGAAACACUCAAUAGAAAAUGUUAAGGCAAAAUACAGCCAAAUGAUCCAUGUACAGCAAAAGAGCAAUGACUUAUUCUCGUAUUUCUUAUUUCAUAGAAAUUCUGAUUCUUGUUAACCCAAUUUUGACCACUAUAGUGUCAUCCUACCAUAGAAGAGAGAUCAUUUUUGUGAGAAAAAUGUUCAUUUUAUCAAAGUAGUAACUAUUACAAAUGUGUAAAGGAUGACAUUUAUUCUUGAUGUACAUGUUUUAAAUCAAGUGUAUUUGCUUAGGAUUAACUGUCUUUGCAGUAGCCUCAAUACAAGAAAGAUAAAUUUUUCUGUGAAGAAAUUAAAUCAUGUUUAUAUUGAAUAUAUAGUUUCCCUCUGCAAAGAAAAUUAAUAUAAUUUUACUAAUGUGACAUUGUGUCUGAACAUAUGUUAAAAAGAGCCACAGAAAUCUUAAAUUGUUGAACUGACCAUAAAGGGUACAUAUCUGUUUCUGCUUAAAAAUGUGUGUGAAAUAGCCCACAUGCAGCAAAAAAAAAGACUGGACUAAUGGCUCCAUCUCAUUGUAAAGUCAUAGAAAUGGCUCUGUAGUAUAGUUGGGCUUGUCUUAUUUGAAAAAUCCUGCUUUCACUGUUUCUGAACUCAAAUAUGGGCCAAUCCUGACAGACUGUGAAUAUGAGGACCCACUUGAAUCUGAAUCCAAGGUGUCCAAGUGUCUCCUAGUAUGUAUCCCUUAAAUCCUAAGGCAAUUUUACUUCAAGCUCUCUCUGCCUGGGUGGGAUAUAAACAGCAAGCACACAGCACAUAAAAGGAGGCCUUCUGUUGUUUGACGUGGACUAGUACUGGCUGGCAAGAGAGCUUUAGGCAUUAGGACUAAGGCGGUGUAAAGAUCUGUGGUUACAGUUGGGUCAAAAACCUCUCCACUCUCACUUUUUCUGGGCUUUUCUGUACUAUAAACGCUGGCUUUUGUUGUAGUUCCUAACUACAUUGCACUCUUUGAAAAACAAGACAGAGACUGGAGGUAAAGAACCACGAUGUCUUACUACCCUAACCCCACUUUUAUCUGUAUGACUUUGGUAUCUGGUUUCCCCAUCUAGGCUCCUUUUUCCAGGAAUGGGAAGAGAGAGCUACGUCCCUUCUCUUGCUAAGGUUCUCUGAGCUUCCUCAUCUCCUCUAGUUCUGUCCUGAGAGCAUGUGUGUUGCCCCACCCCUUAACAGUUAAUACACUUCUGCUUCUUUUACAACCACAAAAUUUUAGAGACCCCUCUACCCCAACCAUUCUUCCAUGCUCCAGCUCACUCACUCAUGUGGCAGAACGAAAUAGGCUAGGUUGUUCUGCUACUUGGGGAUUUCUUGGCAUCAUUCAUAUUAAUGAAGUUCCGUGAGCUUGCAGUGUUUUAUAGUUAGAGCUGAAGGAUACAUAAGAAAAUAUGUGGCCUGGUCUUCUCACUAGUCAAAGGGAAUUCUUGCUCUUCAUUCUCCUUCAGAUUUUCACAUACCUGCUUUCUUGAAACGACUGUGGGUCCAACAAACCUUGAGACCAACUUUGCUCUUUUGCCUCAAUCCUUCAAAACCCUUGAACACAAAUGGCUCUGUUCCUAGACAGUUGCUAACCUAGACAGCAUUCUGGGUGUCUAAAAUUCUGGAAUAUGGAACUUAAGGCAGUUGUUUUAGCAUCUCUGCUAUACCUGCUUCUAGAGAUGAUUUAGGAACAGGGUACAGCUUCCUGUCUCCUUCAGUCAACAUCAGGGCACAGACCGUGUGUCUCUUUACUAGCUACUAGACAAACAGUGAGAAGAUCAAGGUCUGGGUAUUGUUGUGUAUCCUAAGGCAAAUCUUGUUACUUCCUUGUGAGUUGUAAAUCAAAUAAUUGGAGGGAGUUUUUGUCAGCCAGUGACCAAAACUGAUAAAACAUAUAGUGAAUUAAAUAAUGGGUUGAGCUAGACCUUCUCAUUAGGAAAAAUGUAAUUGGCCCAUCUCUUCUCUAAGGAAGCUGAAGUUUUAUUUUAAAAUCAAGAACCUAAAAUCAGAUGAAAAACCUGAGACCCAUGUGGCGUCCCUUCUUUGCCAGGGCAGAACACACAGGGGCUGGAACCGAGACAUUUCAUGCCUGGCUUCCAAAGAUAAUCACGUUUAGCACUUAUGUCUUUGGCGAAGGAAAAAGAAUCAAUUUUUGCUGUGGAAAACCAUCUGUGUUUAUUCAAUUGACAGAUACUACCUUUCAAUCUAUCUUAAAUUGAGACUCCCUGAGGCGGGCAGCUCAAGAGUGAUAGAUUAAGCAAUAAACAAAGAAGUCUCCCCACCAGGAAGGGCUGCUGCUGGCAGGGAAGGUCCAGCUGCCAUUGGGAGUGAUAUUCUACAGCGAGAUGAUUGUCCCUGCUUAGUGCAGACAAAGCCCCUCCCUGCUGAUGAUUUUAUGAUUCCUCAUAAAUGUGAAUGGCUCAACCCAGUUCUUCUGGCUGCUCUUCCCUGCUGAAUCUAGCAUUCUGCCUCAUUAGCAAGGCGUCUUUGCCCCACUAAUAAUUUGGUUCUUCAGCUUGGAGGAUGGAUAGUCCAUAGGGAAACUACUCAAAAGCUGCUACAGAUGAAGCAACCUUGUCUUGUUAUGAAAGUGCACGGUGAGUAGAAAUAAAUGAGCUUGACUAUAGGACAUGGGGCAACUUGGGUUAUAAAGUUCUCGUUUCUGCAAAAAGAACAGUUAAUUAUUGGUUUCUGAGCCCCAGCAUGUGUCAGAUGGCUUCUAGGAAAAGGGAUUAUCUUUGUUUGGAGAAUGACAUGUUGAAUGGCACCCUCAUCCGUUGGCUAAAAGGUGGCUAAGUCACUUUCCCCUGAAGCCAGAUAAAAACAGUUGCCCUGAAGACCUGACUGUAUGAGAACUGAAUGAACAGUGUACCUUGAAUCUUGGUAAAAUGGGGGAGAGAGACACUUUCCUGCCAUAUUCUCUCUUCCCAUCCAUAUUAGGAGGAAGCUGUUGUUAGAAAAUGGAUUAGAAUUAGGCCUGGCGUUCUGGGAAGAACAGAGAAUAUUUUACAAAAUUCAUCUAUCUGUGGCCCCAAUUUCAUGGGAUUAAUUAAGAGCUGAAAGGAAGCAGACAUUCUUUACUUUUAUGGGACCAAUCUCUCUCACUCUCUCUUCCUCUCUCUCUCCCCGUUUGCAUGCACACACAUGUUAUUCAAUGACAACACAACCACCCUAGGCUCUGCUUUCUUCUGUGUCUGGAUUACUGUUUCUCCCAGCCACCCCUCUACCACAGCAUACAGGCACAACAUGUUAAACAUUGCUCCAUUAUUACUCUGCCUUUGGCCUUCAGGAUCCGAGAGAUAGCUCAACUGGUAAAGACACUUACCACCAAGCCAGACCAUGUGGGUUCCACCUGAAGAACCCAUGUGGUAAAAGGAGAGAACUAUCCUGCAUUUCUCUUCUGACCUCCACACAUAUUCCAUGGCACAUGCAUGCCCCACACAUAACCACCCUCCCCCCCACAAAGGUAAUAAAAAGAAGUUUUACAAUAUCAU